UUGCAGAGAGCUCUGCUGGUGCUGGGCCUGGCCGCACUGUUGCACGGCAGCAGGAGAGGUCAGGAUGUCUCGCUGAAGAUGGGGAAGGGGAUCAGACUGAAGAGUAAGAUGGUGAGACUGAUCCUGGAUCCAUCAGUGCAGCCUCAGAUAGCCAGCGCGUCUGCCUCCACCAUCGCCAACAUGUCUCUGUCACCGUGGACGUACAGAGACUCCUAUGUGGACUCUCGGUUGCCAAAGCGGGUCUUUCAUGCUCAGUGCCUGACCUCCGGCUGUGUAAACCUGCAGGGCAGAAGUGAGGAUGAAGCCCUGGAGGCCAAACCCAUCUACUACCGAGUCCUGGUCCUGCACAGGUGA